UGGUGAUUUUAUGACCGCCUUUAAAUUGACAGCAGCUUCCUUAAACUUUAAGAAUUUACCAAAGAAAGGAAGUGAAAUUGUCGCUUCAGCGGAGUUAGAGCAAAGGCUUCAAUCUUCUGUUAAUACCGUAGCUGAGACAGUCAUUUCAGCGGAUUAUGACAACAACCAAAAUAGUAAGAAAUCGCUUAAAAAACCGUCUAAAAAAAAAUGUACUUUUGAUGCUAAAAAGAUAUUGCAAAAGUGUCCCGCCAGUUUUCAGAAGGAUCCAACCUUUACGGAUCUCUCAAACAUACUAACAAUACUUAACGACUCUCCUACAGGAUUAUACCAACACGAAAUUGCGCAGCAAGCAAACUUACAGAGAUCUCUGUGCAUAAAAUAUUUAAAUAUGCUCCUCAAGGCAGACGAAAUUACAAGAGAAAGUAAAAAGGGUUUUUUAUAUAAAAUCCGCACCGGAAGACAUUAUAACUAAACGAUAACCAAAGAUGUUAGCAAGAAUUUCUAAGCUAAGAAAUGA